GCUGGCCCCGCCUCCCCGCGCCUCGUUCGCCGCCGCCGCUGCAGCCGCCGCCGCCGCCGCCCGAGACUCGCGCAGAGCAGUUAUGGCGGAUCCCGCAGCGCCCGCGCCCGCAGCCCCGGCUCCCGCCCAGGCCCCGGAGACGGCUCCGGCCUCCACCCCGGACACAGCUCCCGCCCCAGCGCCGGCGCCCGCCCCGAGCUUGACCUCCGGGCCGUCCUCAGACUCCGGCCCCGAAGCCGGCUCGCAGCGACUGCUGUUCUCGCACGACCUGGUGUCGGGCCGUUACCGCGGCUCGGUGCACUUCGGGCUGGUGCGCCUCAUCCACGGCGAGGACUCGGACUCGGAGGGCGAGGAGGAGGGCCGCGGCAGCUCGGGCUGCUCGGAGACGGGCGGCGCGGGCCACGAGGAGGGCCGGGCCAGCCCGCUGCGCCGCGGCUACGUGCGUGUCCAGUGGUACCCGGAGGGCGUCAAGCAGCACGUGAAGGAGACCAAGCUGAAGCUAGAGGACCGAUCUGUGGUACCCCGGGAUGUGGUCCGGCACAUGCGUUCCACCGACAGUCAAUGUGGCACAGUGAUUGACGUCAGCAUCGACUGCGCUGUCAAGCUCAUCGGCACCAACUGCAUCAUUUACCCCGUCAACAGCAAGGACCUCCAGCACAUCUGGCCAUUCAUGUAUGGGGACUACAUCGCCUAUGACUGCUGGCUGGGGAAGGUCUAUGACUUGAAGAACCAGAUCAUCCUGAAGCUGUCCAACGGUGCCAGGUGCUCCAUGAACACAGAGGACGGAGCCAAGCUCUACGACGUCUGCCCACAUGUCAGCGACUCGGGUCUUUUCUUUGACGACUCCUAUGGCUUCUACCCGGGCCAGGUGCUCAUUGGCCCUGCAAAGAUCUUCUCCAGCGUCCAGUGGCUGUCUGGGGUCAAACCUGUCCUCAGCACCAAGAGCAAGUUCCGAGUGGUGGUGGAAGAGGUGCAGGUUGUGGAGCUGAAAGUCACAUGGAUUACCAAGAGUUUCUGCCCAGGGGGCACAGACAGUGUCAGCCCCCCGCCUUCUGUCAUCACCCAGGAAAACCUAGGCAGGGUGAAGCGUCUCGGAUGCUUUGACCAUGCUCAGCGGCAGCUGGGGGAGCGCUGUCUGUAUGUCUUCCCAGCCAAGGUAGAGCCGGCCAAGAUUGCCUGUGAAUGUCCAGAAAAAAACUGCGCCCAGGGGGAGGGCUCUAUGGCCAAGAAGGUGAAACGACUGUUGAAGAAGCAGGUUGUCAGGAUCAUGUCUUGUUCACCCGACACUCAGUGCUCAAAGGACCAUUCCAUGGACCCAAGCAAGAAAGGGGGUGUCAAAGGCAAGAGUGAAACCGUGCCUGCCAGCCCAGAGGAAACACCUGAUGGGUCCACCAGCCCAAUGGAAAUGCAGGAUGAGGGCCAGGAGGAGACCCAGGAGGUGGGUGAGCAGCUGCCCCCCUUCCUGCUGAAGGAAGGUGGCGAUGAUAGGCUGCACUCUGCAGAGCAGGACGCAGAUGACGAGGCUGCUGAUGACACAGAUGACACCAGCUCGGUGACCUCCUCUGCCAGCUCUACCACCUCCUCCCAGAGUGGCAGUGGCACAAAUCGAAAAAAGAGCAUCCCCUUGUCUAUCAAGAACUUAAAGCGGAAACACAAGAGAAAGAAGAAUAAAAUCACUCGCGAUUUCAAGCCAGGAGACAGGGUGGCAGUGGAGGUGGUAACUACGAUGACCUCGGCCGAUGUCAUGUGGCAGGAUGGUUCCGUGGAAUGUAACAUCCGCUCCAACGAUCUCUUCCCUGUGCACCACCUGGAUAACAAUGAGUUCUGCCCUGGAGACUUUGUGGUGGACAAACGAGUCCAGAGCUGUCCAGACCCUGCUGUCUAUGGUGUGGUGCAGUCUGGAGACCACAUCGGCCGCACCUGCAUGGUAAAGUGGUUCAAGCUACGGCCAAGUGGGGAUGAUGUGGAGCUGAUUGGAGAAGAGGAAGAUGUGAGUGUCUAUGACAUUGCUGACCACCCUGACUUCCGGUUCCGUACCACCGAUAUCGUCAUCCGCAUUGGCAAUACUGAGGAUGGAGCACCUCACAAGGAGGAUGAGCCAUCAGUGGGCCAGGUGGCUCGUGUGGAUAUCAGCAGCAAGGUAGAGGUGGUGUGGGCUGACAACUCCAAGACCAUCAUCCUGCCCCAGCACCUAUACAACAUCGAGUCUGAGAUUGAGGAGUCAGACUAUGACUCUGUAGAAGGCAGCACCAGUGGGGCGUCUUCAGACGAAUGGGAAGAUGACAGCGACAGCUGGGAGACGGACAAUGGGCUGGUUGAAGAUGAGCACCCCAAGAUAGAGGAGCCUCCCAUUCUGCCCAUUGAGCAGCCAGUGGCCCCUGAGGAGAACAAAGGGGUUCUGAUCAGCGAAGAGGCUGCCACAGCUGCCAUUCAGGGGGCGGUGGCUAUGGCUGCGCCCAUGGCUGGACUGAUGGAGAAAGCUGGCAAGGACGGACCUCCCAAAAGCUUCCGUGAACUGAAAGAGGCCAUCAAGAUCCUGGAGAGCCUCAAGAACAUGACUGUGGAGCAGCUGCUAACAGGCUCUCCUACCUCCCCCACGGUGGAACCUGAGAAGCCGACUCGGGAGAAGAAGUUUCUGGAUGACAUUAAGAAACUGCAGGAAAACCUCAAGAAGACCCUGGACAACGUGGCGAUUGCAGAGGAAGAGAAGAUGGAGGCCGUGCCAGACACAGAGCGCAAGGAGGACAAGCCUGAGGCGCAGUCACCUGCGAAGGCUGAGUGGCCCAGUGAGACCCCUGUGCUCUGCCAGCAGUGUGGCGGCAAGCCCGGUGUCACCUUCACCAGUGCCAAGGGAGAGGUCUUCUCAGUGCUGGAGUUCGCACCCUCAAAUCACUCUUUUAAGAAAAUUGAGUUCCAGCCUCCAGAAGCCAAGAAGUUCUUCAGCACAGUGCGGAAGGAGAUGGCCCUGCUGGCUACCUCACUGCCUGAUGGCAUCAUGGUCAAGACUUUCGAGGAUAGAAUGGACCUCUUCUCUGCCUUGAUCAAGGGCCCCACUCGUACCCCUUAUGAGGACGGCCUCUACCUGUUUGACAUCCAGCUCCCCAACAUCUACCCAGCUGUGCCCCCCCACUUUUGCUACCUCUCCCAGUGUAGUGGCCGCCUGAACCCCAACCUCUAUGACAACGGGAAGGUGUGUGUCAGCCUCCUGGGUACCUGGAUUGGCAAGGGGACAGAGAGGUGGACAAGUAAAUCCAGCCUUCUCCAGGUGCUCAUCUCCAUCCAAGGUCUUAUCCUGGUGAAUGAACCAUACUACAAUGAAGCUGGCUUUGACAGCGACCGGGGCCUGCAAGAGGGCUAUGAGAACAGUCGCUGCUACAACGAGAUGGCGCUGAUUCGAGUAGUGCAGUCCAUGACCCAGUUAGUGCGGAGACCCCCAGAGGUCUUUGAGCAGGAGAUCCGACAGCACUUCAGCUCCGGCGGCUGGCGGCUAGUGAACCGCAUCGAGUCUUGGCUAGAAACCCAUGCCCUGCUCGAGAGGGCCCAGGCGCUGCCCAAUGGGAUCCCCAAGGACAGCAGCUCACCAGAACCCACUGCUUCGGCCGAGCUCUCGGACUACAGCCGAGAAGAAGCUGAGGAUGGAGGGCUGGCUCCUGGAGAGGCCUCCCAGGGCUCGGACUCGGAAGGCGGUGCCCAGGGCCCAGCCUCUGCCAGCAGGGACCCCACAGACCAGACUUCAGAAGUAGCUCCUGACGCCUCAAUGCCACCCAGUGUCAAACCAAAGAAGCGGAGAAAGAGCUACAGGAGCUUCCUGCCAGAGAAGAGUGGCUACCCCGACAUCGGCUUCCCCCUCUUCCCGCUUUCUAAGGGUUUCAUCAAGAGCAUCCGGGGUGUUCUGAUGCAGUUCCGGGCGGCUCUGAUAGAGGCCGGCAUGCCCGAGAGCACAGAGGACAAGUAGCCGCCAGCCCUGGAGGAAGGAGCGUCACUGUGGGAGAGGCCUGCCACUGCCCGCCACUCCCUUGCCCUGGACCCCCCCCUCCUCCCACCCCUACUCCCCUCUUCUUCCCAAGGUGAGUUUGAUGCUGAAGAUGUUCCUCGAGAUGUUGCCAUAUCUGUUCUGAAGCAGUCUUUCGACAGGCGAGUCCCCUGUGGCAAAGAGAACAAGCCCUAUUGCUGAUGUCCCACCGGCCACUGCAGACUGAAUGGCAGCACUUCCUCCCUUGCUGUCUCCAUCUCAGGCCGGAAGAGUUUUCCUGGGGACUGCGUGUGGGUGGCCCAGCAGCAGAUGAGUGGUGUGCCUUGCAUGAGUGUGGGUUUCUGCGGCAGUCCCACUGGUCCCUUUCAGCUCCUUCAGUUUCACAGUAGCUUCCCUGUGUCCCAAACCCUCCUGCUGCCACCGCCACCAGACCCUGCCUCUCCCCUGGCAUCAACACUCUCCCCGAGGAGUUGUCGCCGGUACUGAAGACCCCUGCCUCGGCCCUGGCCCGGGUACACAGGACCUUCCUGUUGAACUUGCUCUCUAAGAGAAGCUGGGGCCAGGGUAGGUUACGGAUGCUACCCAGGAGAGGCGGCAGCUCUCAUGCUAACAUGGAGUGAGGACCAAGCUGCGCUGGGAAGGAAACAGCUGGAGGUGCCUUGCUCUCCCGGCCCUGGACAGCUGGGACAUCCACACUUGUGGCUUUUGAGCCCCGCCCACGUAAACUGGAGCUGGAGUCUGCUCAGCUCUGACCUUGGGGCCCAGGAAGUAGGAGCAGCAGCACAGACAGGGCUGGGUAAGUGCUCUUGCCCAUCUCUGCCCCUCCCACAAUCAAAAGCUAAGGCUGGGAGGUGGCCCAUAGCCCACGGAACAGUGAGCCGACUCCUCUGCCCCCGACCCCCAUCUCUCUCUCCUCCUCUGAUGAGAUCGAGGCCUCCUGUCAGCUCCGCGCUCACACACUGCAGGCACUAUUGGGAGAGGCGGCAGCAGGGGCUCUUCCCACAGAGCAGCCCCAAGGUUUACAAGUUUUCUAGCUUUUGAUAAUGUGAAGCUCCAGGCUAAGAGGGUGCUGUUCAGCACAUUGCAGCUAUGUAAUUUUUGGUGUAUGUAUGUAAUAUUUAAGGUUGAAAGAAAAUAAAUCUCAAAAAAAAAACAAAGAUAUUAACUCUUAUUAGAAAAAAAAAGACAAAAAAAAAAGCCAAAGCAUGAUGCGUCUUGUCCGCCUUAAGCUGGCUCCACACCCAUGCUGUGCCACCAGCCGUCACCACCCAGCAGGGCAGGUGGCAGCAGCAGGAAGACAGUGGGACACAACCUGGCCCUCGGAGCCCAGAGUCGGUAUCUUGCUUGAGAAACACCCGGAGUGACUGUGGGGCUGUGCUUCCCAGCGUGUUGUCCAUGUGGAGAUGUGAAUGCCUACUGCUUAAGAUACCUGUAUAAAGUGCUGUGCGAUUAAACUUUUUUUUACUUGCAUUUUUUUUUCUUGGUUUGGCUCAUUACAAUGUAAGAAGAAAAAAAGACACGGUGGCACCAUUAAACCUGCCUCUGCCAUUCA